UCUUUCAAAACAAAAAACCCAACCCUAACAAGAGAUUGAAUUAUUUGAAGAUAAAAUUGAAGAGAUGGGUAGAGCUCCCUGUUGUGAUAAAGCUAAUGUUAAGAAAGGACCAUGGUCACCUGAAGAAGAUGCAAGGCUUAAAGCUUAUAUUGAAGAGCAUGGAACUGGAGGCAAUUGGAUUGCUCUUCCUCAAAAAAUUGGGCUGAAGAGAUGUGGAAAAAGUUGCAGAUUGAGAUGGUUGAAUUAUCUGAGACCUAAUAUCAAACAUGGUGGAUUCUCUGAGGAAGAGGACAACAUCAUUUGUAAUCUCUAUAUAAGCAUUGGCAGCAGGUGGUCUGUAAUUGCUGCUCAGCUGCCUGGAAGAACAGAUAAUGACAUAAAAAACUACUGGAAUACAAGGCUGAAAAAAAAAUUACUUGGUAAACGCAAACAAUCACAUAGCAAUAAUGGCAUUAAUUCAUCUUCAUCGAGCAGUAAUAAUGACGACCCAAAAGAGGUUUUGAGUAACUCAGCCUUAGAAAGGCUUCAACUUCAUAUGCAACUUCAAGGCUUUCAAAACCCAUUCUCUUUUUACUCACACCCUCAGCUAUGGCCCAAACUCCAUCCCAUGCAAGAAAAAAUUGUGCAAACCCUCCAAUCUCUCAACAAUAAUACCCAAAACCCUCAUUUUCUUAACCCUAAUGAUCUCCAAUCAACUACUACUAAUACUCAAUUAUUACAAUCCCAACCACCCAAGGCAGCAACUGAUUUCUUUAUUCACCAACAAACCAACACCAAUUCUAUUUCCCUUCCUUCCAAGAUUCCAGAAAAUUCAGAUCAUCAUCAAGUUGAAUCAUCAUCUGGGCAUCAUCAAGUUUCGAACUUUAUGCAAGUGGUGGAUGGAUUUCUUGAGGAUCAUAACAAAGGUGAGGGUUUCAUGGCACAAAGUGAUGAACAAGUGGCUGAAUUUGAUUGGUUUAAGGAAGUGGGUGGGUGUUCUAAGAAUAGUUUGAUUUGGUGGGGUCAGAAUAAUGAGCAUGAUAUGAGAUCAGCUGCAUCAUCCUCUAAUUCUUGGGAUUCUAGUUCUGUUCUUCAAUCGGAAUUGAUGUUUCAAGAUUUUGAGUUAGGGUAUAAUCUUUAGGGGAGGAUUAUAUAUAUAUUACCUUUUUAUGUGUAGACAAAGGAGGCUGUUUUGGAUUUGUGUUGCUCAUAAGAUGGAUUCGUCUGUAAUGCUGUAAACUUAUUAAGAAUCUGUGUCCUCAAGCUUUGUAUAUUUGUGUGAAUAAUCAAGUUUAAUUCCGAAUCUUCACCUUGGACGACGAUCUUGAUGGAUUAAAAUCCCAAUGUACUUAUCUUAUUGCUUUUUGGGCUGUGUA